AUGCGUGAUAAUCGAUGUAUCAGUAUAGUUGGUUGUGGUAGCAUGGGUUUUGCACUUGCUCAUCGUUUAUUGUUGAGCGGAUUUACUGUAGUAAUGGGCAGCCGCUAUCCAGACAAACGAAAAGAAACAGAAUUUGAAAUAGUCUCUAUAGACGAAUGUAUUCGCCGUUCGACUAUUAUCUUCAUUGCCAUUCAUCCAGAACACUAUAUUGAUUCACUUGUAUCACAUCUUGAACGCGAUCCAUCGUUACUGAAUGAGAAAAUUUUGGUUGACCUAUCAAAUCAAACACGCAAAAAACUAAAUCUGAAUGAGCCUUCCAAUGCAGAUCAAUCCGUUCGAUAUGGGUUCUCUUCAAGCAGCACAUCAACUGGAACGUGA